AUGCAAGGCAAGGUAUUUUAUAGCGUACUAUGCCUAUCAGUUGGUUCAGAAGCGAGCUCCACUACUACGCUUCUGAGUUACAUUCGGCAGACUCUAGAAUUACGAGGAACCAAGUACAUGUGCCUGGAAGGAGGUUGUGGCGCCUGCAUUGUCAGUGUGAAGACACCUGAGGGACACAUACUAUCUGUCAACUCCUGUUUGGUUUCUGUGAUGUCAUGUCACAAUUGGGAAAUUACAACAAUUGAAGGUGUUGGAAACCGAGGCAAAGGUUAUAAUAUCAUACAGAAAACUCUUGCCAAAAAGGAUGGCACCCAAUGUGGUUAUUGCACCCCGGGCUGGGUCAUGGCUUUGUAUAGCCUUCUAAAAAACAAAAAGCUGAAUAUGCUUCAAAUCGAAAAAUCUUUAGCGAGCAAUAAUUGCCGUUGUACCGGAUAUAGACCUAUACUGGAUGCAUCAAAAAGUUUUGCUGUUGACGCUCCAUCCGCUGAAAAGCUGACAAUAGAUAUAGAAGACUUAGACAUUUGUAAAGAAAAAGCUUGUUCAAAAAAAUCAUGCGAAGAGUUUGACUGGUGUUUUGUCAAUUUGAAAAAAGAGAGAGUACAUAUAAAACUAAAGGACGAUAAAGAAUGGUUUAAAAUACAAACUACUGCUGAAGUUUUUGAAAUAUUAAAUGAAAAAGGGGAUUCUUAUAUGUUGGUUGCAGGAAACACUGGAAAAGGCGUUGUUCCACUUACAGAAUAUCCGAGAAUAUUAAUUGAUAUAAGCGAAAUCUCCGAAUUAAAGGGUUAUUAUUUUGAUCAAAACUUGGUGAUAGGUUCUGGGACUACAUUAACUGAGCUAAUUGACAUAUUUAAGACAGUAUCAGAAAAGGAAGAAGUAUUCAACUAUCUUGACGUAUUAAAUGAACAUUUGAAGGAAGUAGCACAUAUAGCUGUUCAAAAUUUAGGUACGAUUGCUGGAAAUUUAAUGAUCAAACAUAACAAGAAAGACUUCCCUUCUGAUAUAUUCCUCAUUUUAGAAACUGUUGGAGCUGCUUUAACUAUACUACAUCCUUCAGGCAAUAAAAAAAUAAUUUCUUUGCCAAGUUUCCUACAAGAAAAUAUGAGGAGCAAGAUAAUAUAUAAUGUCGUUUUACCACCGCUAAGUAAAAACUAUCACAUUGCUACAUUCAAGGUGAUGAAAAGAGCUCAAAAUUCGCAAGCUAUAGUUAACGCUGGUUUUUGUUAUAAGCUAGAUGAGACGAACCGAGUGGUAUCAUCCCGGAUAAUGUACUCAGGAUUACGAAGAGGAUACUCAAGAGCCUGUAAAACUGAAGUGUGUUUACAAGGCAAGAAUUUAUUUAACAAUAAUACAUUACAAACGGCAAUACAGAUAUUAGUAAAAGAACUAAUCAUUGACGAAAUGCCCUACAACUCCGUUGAAUACAGAAGGAGACUGGCCGUUGGACUUUUUUACAAGGGCUUAUUAUCUCUGUGUCCACCAACUAUCCUGAACUCUAGAUAUAAAUCCGGUGCAGUAAAGCUACAUCAGUCGCGAGGAGUAUCGAGCGGAAAGCAAGUCUACACCACUGACAGCAGCGUAUGGCCAAUCAAUGAACCUAUUAACAAAGUGGAAGGAUUGAUUCAAUGCGCAGGAGAAGCUCCCUAUGCAGAGGAUCUAAUUUCAUUGCCGAAUGAAGUUUAUGCAGCAUUUGUACUAAGUACUGUAGGCCGGGGACAAAUGGAUCAAAUAGAUGCAACUAAGGCUUUAAAUACCAAGGGUGUCAUCGCGUUUUAUACAGCCAAAGACAUUCCUGGUGCUAAUUCCUUUACUAACGGUGUAACUGGAACAACCACAGACGAAGUAUUACUAAGCGAUGGCGAAAUUAAUUUUUAUAACCAGCCUAUAGGAAUAAUUGUCGCAGAAAGUAAUGAAAUAGCUCAAAGAGCGGCAACAUUGGUAAAUGUUAAAUAUAGUUCCUCAAAAAUACCUGUUGUAGAUGUUAAAGUAGCAAAAACGUUAACAGAAAAUGUAAGUCUUGUGAAGACUAUAGACGCAAGUAAGGAAGGUAAUGACGUUGUCACUGUUAUACGAGGCAAUAACACUAUGUAUGGACAGUACCAUUUCUGUUAUGAAAACGUAGUUUGUGUAUCAUGGCCGACAGAAGAAGGAAUAUCGGUUCGUUCAUCUACUCAAUGCACUGACUCAGAUCAAGCAGCAGCAGCGCGUUGCUUAAAUAUUGAUCAGAAUAGGAUUGACGUCGACGCUCGCCGUUGUGGUGGAGCGUUUGGUCUAAAGAUCACUCGCGGUCUUCAAGUUUCAUCGGCGUGUACUCUAGUUACCUACAAGUUAAACCGCCCAUGUCGUUUUAUUUUACCAUUACGAACAACAAUGAGGAUCGUUGGAAAAAGGUUGCCAUCCUCUGUUGACUAUGAGGUUGGCCUGAACAGGGAAGGUGUUAUACAGUACAUAGACUAUACUAUUUAUGAGGAUAACGGUUACUUAGUAAAUGAAAGAUUAGUAAUGCUUACUUACGACGUAUAUUAUAAUUGUUACCAGCAAGAUAGAUUUAACUUUAAGGCUUAUAAUGUUGUAACCGAUACAGCUUCUAAUACUUUUUGCAGAUCUCCAGGUUCUCUUGAGGCAAUUACAGCAACUGAAACGAUUCUUGAAAGGGUAUCUUAUGAAUUAAACAUUGACCCUGUAACGAUACGUUUGUCUAACUUAGACCCAAAAUAUAAAAACAUACUAUGUGAAAUGUUAGAUAAUCUCAAAGAAGAUUCAAAUUACAAUGAGAGAAAGAAGCAGGUUGAUGAUUACAAUAGCAGAAAUCGCUGGAAAAAACGUGGUUUGAGAUUUUUGUUUAUGAAAUGGAAUUCUAAACCACUAUAUUAUUGUGACGUAAAUGUUUCUGUUUUACGUGGUGAUGGAACUGUAAUAAUAACGCACGGCGGUGUUGAAAUAGGUCAAGGAAUAAAUACUAAGGCGAUACAAGUUUGUGCAUAUUACUUUGGCAUUUCUGUAGACAAAAUAAAAGUGAAAACUAAUAACACAACUUUUAAUCCUAAUACGAUGGCUACCGUCGGAAGUACAACUUCGCAAGCAAUCUGUAUUGGAGUUCAAAGAGCUUGUGAAAAUCUCCUUGAAAAAUUGAAUCCUUUAAAGAUAGAACUAAACAAUCCAAAGUGGGAAACUUUAAUACAAGAAGCAUUUAAGAGAGGGAUUGAUUUGCAAAGUCAUGGUUUCGUUACCACCAAAGAUCUUCGCUACUUUGACGUUUACGGAAUUACCUUGGCAGAAGUCGAAAUUGACGUCUUAACAGGAGAGUGGAGUAUACUAAGAGUAGACCUUUUAGAAGACGUUGGUAGGAGUGUGAAUCCACUUGUUGACAUUGGACAAAUAGAAGGUGCUUUCAUUAUGGGUCUCGGAUAUUUUACUACGGAGGAGUUAAUUUACGACAAGACAGGGGAGCUCCUGACUGACCGCACAUGGACUUACAAGAUUCCUCAAGCUUUAGACAUUCCUAUAGAUUUUCGAGUCUAUUUUAAGCCAAAACCUUACAAUGACGAUCUAAUACUCGGCGCUAAAGUCGUUGGUGAACCGGCGACCGUGAUGGCUUUAUCAGUACCAUUUGCGAUGCGAGAAGCUAUUGUGUCCGCUAGAAACGAAGCUGGCAUACCAUCUAAUGAAUGGUUUCAAAUAGAUGGUCCUUACACAACAGAAAAAAUAUGUGUAGCAGCAGCUACAGACAUCAAAGACUUCAAAUUCUACUAA